AAUAUCAUUAAAAAAAACGCGUAACAUACUUUGGAAUGUGUAGAAAUUUUGUUCUAUUUGCCCACAAAAAACGAGGGUUUAUGCAUCUGGUCAGAGUUUUAACGGAACGAUGAUUCUGUUAACCAAUCAAAAUUGACGGCUGAUGCUUUGAAUCUAUAGCAUUUAAUGUUGGGUACUCUACAGGAGCUCCGCAGAUUUACGAAGGAAGUGAUGUUUUCAAGGGGGAUUGGUCUGCGAUAUCACUCCUCAACAUCUCUUCCGACUCUACAAAUAUUGCCAGAUCUUAGUCACAAGCGAAACACACGCAAGUUGAGCAUACCUCCUUUUCUCAAGGUCAUGGCUUCCUCUGUAUGCAAUGUCAGCUCAGAUCAGGCUGCAGUGAAGGCCUCAGAGCCCCUUCCAUUACAGGUUUCCCACCGCUUGGAGAAAUUUAAGACCACGAUUUUUACACAAAUGAGCAGUCUGGCUGUGAAACAUCAAGCCAUCAAUCUUGGGCAAGGUUUCCCAAAUUUUGAUGGUCCUGAGUUUGUCAAGGAGGCUGCUAUUCAGGCAAUAAGGGAAGGCAAGAACCAAUAUGCUCGUGGUUAUGGUGUCCCAGAGCUAAAUUCUGCCGUGGCUGCAAGAUUUAAGAAGGAUACUGGUUUGAUAGUUGAUCCAGAGAAGGAAGUGACGGUUACUUCUGGCUGCACAGAGGCCAUUGCUGCAACAAUGUUGGGUUUGAUCAAUCCAGGAGAUGAAGUCAUCCUGUUUGCCCCCUUCUAUGAUUCAUACGAAGCAACAUUGUCAAUGUCAGAAGCCAAAAUUAAGACUGUCACAUUGAGACCACCUGACUUUGCAGUGCCAGAAAAGGAGCUCUGUGAGGCCUUCUCCAGAAAUACUCGAGCCAUUCUCAUCAACACUCCACACAACCCCACUGGAAAAAUAUUUUCAAGAAAGGAGUUGGAUAUCAUUGCUUCUCUGUGCAUUGAGAAUGAUACCUUAGCUUUCACUGAUGAGGUGUAUGAUAAGCUAACCUUUGAGGCAGACCAUAUCUCCAUGGCUUCACUUCCAGGGAUGUAUGAGAGAACGGUCACAAUGAAUUCACUGGGGAAAACAUUUUCUUUGACAGGCUGGAAGAUUGGCUGGGCUAUUGCACCUCCGCACCUGACAUGGGGAGUGAGGCAAGCUCAUUCAUUUCUGACCUUUGCCACAUCAACCCCUAUGCAAUGGGCAGCUGUGGCUGCUCUGCAGGCCCCAGAUUCUUAUUAUUAUGAACUUCUAAAAGAUUACAGUGCAAAGAAGGAUAUUUUGGUUGAGGGUUUGAAAGAUGUGGGCUUCAAUGUCUAUGAUUCACCGGGCACUUACUUUGUAAUGGUUGAUCAUACUCCAUUUGGCUUUGACAAUGACAUCGAUUUUUGCAAGCAUCUAAUCGAAAAGGUAGGGGUUGUCGCCAUACCAACCAGUGUAUUCUACUUAGACCCAGAUGAUGGGAAAAACAUGGUUAGGUUUACAUUUGCCAAAGAUGAAGAUACAUUGAAAAGUGCUGUUGAGAGGAUGAAAGCAAAAUUGAAACGUUGAUAGUGCCAGCUGGAUUAACUUGCAGACGUUUCAACUUUCAAUACAUUAACCUGAGCUUUUAAGUUUUUACAUAUAUUUAUGAACUUUUUAUGUUCAGCUGAUUAUUCAACCAAUCCAUGCUUAACAUGAACGUUUGUUUCUUUU